AUGUUGAGCCAAUGUCGCUCCAAGUUCAGACGACAUCCACGACGGUUGGUUCAGCCUGACCUUAAUACGCCUGUCACACAUACGGCAGCAAUGAGUGACAUGGAAAGCACCACGAAGCACAGAAGCAACAACAAUUAUGAGGAGCGUAUAAAGCAUAUAUCGAUCAUUGCCAAGCCUUUAGCCACCAAGAAACAGACCAAGCGUGUUUAUAAAGUAAUCAAGAAGGCUACAAAGGUGAAAGGUAUUAAACGUGGCGUUAAAGAGGUUGUCAAGGGUAUUCGCAAGGGUGAAAAAGGUGUUUGCAUCAUCGCUGGCGACAUUUCACCUGUUGACGUCAUCUCGCAUAUCCCCGUGCUAUGUGAAGAGAAUGAUAUUCCAUAUAUAUUCACCCCAUCCAAGGUGGAUCUGGGUGCAUCGGCGUUGUCAAAACGGCCUACGAGCUGCAUCUUGAUCACGCCUAAGAAGGCGGGAUUCAACGUACAGGAAGCCUAUAACGAGCUCUUGGAGGACGUGAAGCAGGUCCAACCGACAUAUUAG